AUGGAACAUGUGGAUCGGAACUUGGAAGUGCCCAGGGGGGCACUUCAUUUACCGGGUCACAACGGAGUCUUCAUCUUGCGAGACCUGGUCGGAGCAACAUAUCGCCUUAGAGCCCCAACAAGGCGUAGCGGAAGGCGUUCUCUCGCCGAAGAUUGGAAGGCUUUUUCAGCUGCAAAAAAUCUUAAAGCCGGUCAGCAACUAAGAAUGUAUCGCGUAGGGAAUGAAUACUCGGUAGAAGUGGAUGUAAAGCUCUUUGGAAUGUCUGUAAGUUGGCGACCCCUCUAA